AUGACCGUCACCUCCGCCACCACGAUCACUGCUGCCAGCAGCAGCAAAUGGGUAUGGCGGCCAAGAUGGACCAAGUGGACGGCGACUUCGUGGUGUCGUCCGACAUUCUGCCGUCGGGAAGUCCACGAAGAUCGCGAGCCCGUCGACCAACUACCCGCCGGCCGACCGAGGCCGGUUCGCCGACGUGCAACGCAACAGUCGUCGUUCGCGUCGUCCAAGUUCGCGCUUGCGAUUGUCACUAUGCUCAUGAUGUUGACCGUUGCGGUGGAGGACGUCCGGGCACUGGGAUUCUUCGAGCUGCAAAUAUUGGAGAUCGAAAAUUACCGUGGCCAACUGGCCACAGGCGAGUGUUGUGGCAGCGAUUCCUCGUCGUCCGCCCAACAGCAGCCGUCUUCAGCACAGCGCAACACGCUGCAAUGUACUGGCGCACCGCAAUGCAACACACUAUUUCAGGUGUGUUUACGCGAAUACCAGAGUCGACAGCAGCAGCAACAACCAUCGGGUGGAUCGUCCUCAUCUGCGUCGUCUGGCGGUAGAGUGGUCAUCGGUGACGACGAAUUUUCGGCCAUGGGUUCCAAUCACCACCAAACACCCAACUCGCACCUGCACCACUGCUCCUUUGGAAACGUCACCAGUCCCGUCCUCGGCGGCAAUUCGUUUACGUUGGGCGGUGACGCCGCAGCAUCAUCAUCGGACACCAAUUCGCCCGCGGACUUUAGCAAUCGAGGUGCAGCCGGCGGCAACUUGGCAUUACAGUUUACGUUCAGCUGGACCAGAUCAUUUACUCUGGUAUUGCAAGCGAUGGACUACAACAAUUACACAGGCUUGACGUCCGUUAUCGAAGAGGCCACGUAUUCCGGAAUCCUGUUGCCCGGUAACGAGUGGAAAGCUCUGUCGUACCUGGGCCAUACUGCUCGCAUGGCGUACCGGGUGCGCGUUAGGUGCGAUCGCAACUACUACGGACAAAAUUGUACAAAACUCUGUAAGCCCCGCGACGAUCGGUUCGGCCAUUAUACGUGCGGUGACACGGACGGCCGGAAAGAAUGCAUACCCGGCUGGCAGGGUGAUACAUGUGACAUAGCCGUGUGCAAGACCGGAUGCCAUCCCGUACACGGAAAGUGCGAGUCUCCCGGAGAUUGCGAGUGUCGGAAAGGUUGGCAGGGUGAAUUGUGCGAUCAAUGUAUGACGUAUCCUGGAUGUAAGCAUGGAUAUUGUAAUGGAACUUCUUGGCAGUGUAUCUGUGACGUUAACUGGGGAGGAAUUUUAUGCGAUCAAGACUUGAACUACUGCGGCACACACGAACCGUGUCUGAACGGAGGGACGUGCAAGAGCACGGCCCCGGACCGGUACACGUGCACGUGCCCCGAAGGGUUCGGAGGCGCCAACUGCGACGUGGUGCUGAACCCGUGCGCCACCGAGCCGUGCGCCAACGGCGGAAAAUGCCGGACCGUGGACGCGAUCGCGUCGUCCGCCGGCGGUGCCGGUGGAGUUGGUUCGGGUCCGGCUGCUGGCGGUGCACCGACGUUCGGCUCCGCUGCUCAAUCUGCUCCGCUACUGGUGCCCAAGCAGUUCCACUGCGAUUGUCGGCCUGGCUGGAUGGGCAGCACUUGCAAUACAGAAAUCGACGAGUGUGCCACUCAGCCACCCCGAUGUCUGAACGGAGGAUCGUGCAUCGACCUGGUGGCCGACUGGCGUUGCGCGUGUGCGGACGACCGUUGGCGUGGUCGUCGAUGCGAAAUAGAUGUGGACGAAUGCGAGCGACAGCACAGGGAACGGCAAACAGCAGUGAUUGAACAGCAGUGUGGUCCGAAUGCCGUGCCAUGCAAAACAACUGGGGGUGGAAGUAACGUCGCUGCGACUACAGAAUGCGUGUGCCGAAGGGGUUGGACGACGGUGGCGGCGAUGACGGCCUCUAGGGAUGGCCAUAAUGGAACUUUAGCGUGCACCGUAAACGUGGACGAUUGCGCCGGACCAGACGUAAAAUGCGCCAAUGGUGGAACUUGUUUGGAUCUAAUCGGAGGGUACGCAUGCGCGUGUCCAGUUGGCUUUACUGGUCGGAACUGUAGAACUCAAAUCGAUCCGUGUGGCGGUGACGGCGAAUCCGGUGUGGCUGGCAGUGGGAAUCCUUGUAAAAACGGUGGUGAAUGCGUACCGUUGCGACGUUGGCGUGGCGGAGGAGGGAGUGGAUUGUCUGCCAAACAGCAGCAACAGCAACAGACUUACUCUUGCAUAUGCCCAUUGGGAUAUUCAGGCGAAAACUGUGAGAUUGACAGGGACCAUUGUUCGCCGAACCCAUGUCGGAACGGCGGUCAGUGUCUGAACACGCCGGACGAUUAUUAUUGCCAGUGUAGCGGGGACGGUUGGUCGUGGCACGGCAAAAACUGUACAGUGCCUGCCGACGCCGCCGCCGCCGGAGCUACCAGGCCGACGGCCACGUCCACGACCACCACGCUGACGACCACUAAGACCACGACCACCACUACCACGACGGCCGCGCCGAUGACGACGAUAACAACCAGCAUUAGACCACCGUUAACGCCACCACUGUUGCGUAGCACCGCAAUCACUCCGGUGGCCACUAUCCGUCGGCCAGACUCAGGCGUACCGUUGACGUGGCGACAGCAGCAGAAGCAAUACGGUGACGGAGAUGAUGACAGCACUAAGGCGUCAACAGUAGCGGAUCAACAACAGAACGACGACGAUGGCGCCGCCACCGUGAUGUGCGGAGCCGGCCGCCAUCGGCGCAAGCACUGGAUCGCCGAUGACGGUUGCAACGAGUGCAAGUGCAGCUCAAAAUCGUCGGGGGUCGACAACGUUGACAACAAGUCAGCUGUGAUGUCGUGCACAAACAUGUGGUGUGGACCCUCGACUUUCGACUGUCUGAGCGGCAUUAUGCCUUGCACCGGCACCAACCAGGUAUGCGUACCGAUCGUAGAUGACAUGGACGACGAGGAAUUACUUGAUGGUGAACUGGACAAACGAGGAGAUGCCGAAGGAACAACCGCUGCGGUGGACAACCUUCUCCUGUGGCGACAGUGUUUACGCCCACCGUGUGGUGGCGUGGACGCAGAUCGGGACAGGGACGACGUUCGGUUGCGGUACGGUUACGACGACGACGGCAACCAGGACGACCACAGUGCUUAUGUGGCCGUUGGCUCGUGGCCGAGGCGUCGUCGUCGGGGUCAGUGCGCGACCGCGGUGGUGGACGACGGCGAUGUGGACGACGACGACGACGACGACGAAGACGGCGCACCCACGACGGUGUGGCCGUCGGUCGUCCAGCAUUGUCUGCCCAACGGCGUGGCCAGUGAUAAACGCAUGCCGCACCAGCAGCACCGUCGACGGCGUGGUGACGCUUGCGGUCGGUUGCGCGUCACCCUGGACCCGGCGCGUCUGAGGCGCGGUACUCGAGUAUCAGCUGUGUGCCACAGCCUCCGUCGAUUGUUGGCCCGGGAAUGGGUGCGUGACGGCGACGAAGACGGCUUAAGCCAAGAGGACGACAUCGAAUACAGACGGAGUCGAGUGUACGUCAUGUGUGAAGCGGCAGAGGAUCAACGAGACAAUAACGACGAAGACCGAAGCGGUAGCGGUGUUGGUACCGGAAAUAAUGGCAAUACUCGACGUCGACGUCGACGGCGCCGUGUUACCAUUCGAGUGUCUUUGGCGGCCGUGUCGGACAAACAACGAUGGAUCACGGCAACGGGGAUAGAGGAAGACGACGUCGAUGUCGCAACGAUCGUAGGACGGGCCGUCCAAACGCUUUACAAACGACUCAACAGCGGUACUGUUGGCGGAUCGACAGCGGCUUCAACGAAAAAAGUUCAAUCGAUUGGUCAUCGUCUUCGCCCUACACUGAACAGCGGUGUCGACGAUUAUGACGACGCGGCGGCUCUAGCGUUCUUGACGGCCGCCGUAGUUGACGUCGUCCUCGGAGGUGGCACGACGGCUGAAUCGCAUUCGACGCCAGUUCCGGCGUCUGAUUCUUCAAAAGAUGAUUACCGACAUUACUACUACUAUUAUUGGACGGUUGGCGUGGCCUGCGGAGCGUUGGCCACUGUGUUGGCGAUCGCGGUGUUCCUGUUGCUACGUUUCCGGAGCAGCGCCAGGAGGAAGUCGAACGGUGGACAAACGACGUCGGACUCGUCUUCAGCUGUCGUAGACCCUUCGGUGCCCGGUGGCGACAGUCUGAUGUUGUCGUUGGUGCGGCGACAAAACGAGGAAAACCUCAAGCGCCUGGUGACCGGCGGAAACCGGAUCGCCGUGACGGCCGCCGGCGGUGACUACGGCGGAAGUGGCUGUGGACGCAAUAACUUGUCGGCGGGAUCGUCUCUGAGCUGUUCGCGUGUAAGCAUCGUUCACCCGUUGUGCAACGUCACCUCGGCCGAUGACGGAUCUGCACUGGAAUUGCACGGAAAACAGCAUCUGAACGGUGGCACCGACGCCGACGGAAUGAACGUCGAUGACGAAAAGAGCGGAGAGAAAACGAACGUAGCAAUGCCGCCAGUAGCUGCCGUUAGAUCUGUGGCUGCAGCGGUUCCUCGACAACAACAACAACAACAGCCGCAGCAGCAGCAGAAGCAACAGCAACAACAGCGGCCGUUGGCUGUAGCAGCGCCGCAGCCGUUAUUGUUAUGCAAAAAGACAUUGAACGUUGACAACGAACAACGGAGACAACUACAACUGAUGCAACAACAACAACAAUUGUUACACCAACAACAGCAACAGCAGCAACUCCAGCAGCAGCAGCAACAACAACAACAACAACAACAUCAAUUACCGGUACACCAGCAACAACAUAUGCAGCAACAGCAAGUAACGGCGCAACAGUACAACCGUCGCAAUCGCGGAGACGUUCACAAUCAACAAGUACUGCCCAACCAGCAGCAACAGUAUCACAACCAACAGCAGCAACAACAUUAUACGGCGGCGUCAUUGUUGCACUCGAAUCUGAUCAAUAAUAACAGCAACAAUAACAACAACAACAACAACAACAACAAUAACCGUAUCUCGGAAGACGGUAACGACGAGACUGCUUCACCGUCAUUGACCGUUUUAGUGUAAAAAGGUAUCGACCUUAUUAAAACACCAACUUUUUUAAAAGAAAAAAAAAGUUUUUUAUGUUUACAAAUCAUCGAUGAUUAAUAAUUUACCUGU